CGCCACAGGAAGCGGCGCAGCUGUGUCACCCGUGGGUCGUAGCUGACUUGUCUUAAAACAACUGGCCGCGGGUCGGCAACGGAGAAAGAAUAUACUAGUGUGAUCAGUAGCGCAUCAGGUCGCGCUAUGGUGAAAUUCAGGAUUAUGUUGUUAGUGGUGCUGAGCCUGGCGCUCGUAAAACAGGCUGUUGGGGGGUCAUCCGAUCCGUCUUGCCCAGAUCCCUCCGAAACGUCCGAACCUUUCUUCUCAGACUACUCCAACCCGUCGUCCGAUUCAUUCUAUACUGGAUCGUAUUCAGCGCCUUCAUCUUCCUCAUCGUCUUCAUCUGACCCGUCUUGGUCCUCGCCGUCAAGUCCUUCCUCGUCAUCAAGUUCUUCCUCGUCCUCAAGUUCUUCCUCGUCCUCAAGUUCUUCCUCGUCAUCUUACACUCAUCAUACCUCUGGCAGCCAUAUCCCAGGGGACUGCGACCCGAAUAAACCGGUGGAAGUGGGUGGCUUCUGUUGUGGGAGAUGCAAGGACUUCAAUGCGGAGUGCGUGCCAGAUGGAUGCACCAUGAAAUGUAAAUGCAUGGCCGGCUACGAGUAUGAACACAUACCGUCCUUUUGCGGAAUGUGCAAACAACAUGAUGGCGCGCUAGGUAGAAGCUGCACUGCUAAUGGCCAGUGUAAGGUGGACGGGUCCUACUGCUACAAUGGACGUUGCGAGUGUACGUCCGCACACUACAGAUACCAGGGAAAAUGUUACACCAAUGAAUUCGGAGCAGCGUGCCACAUGGACAUCAAUAUAUGUUACGGCAACAACGUCCAAUGCAUUGAAUCGAAGUGCGGCUGUGCGGCAAAUUUUUAUUUCAACCCAUUGACAAAACAUUGUGAAGGUGUAGAGAUGGAAGGUGAAUUCUGUUCCACAUGUCAAGACGAUAAUGAUUGUCUUCUCAAGGACCAACUCUGUCUCGUCAACAAAACAGAGAAGGUUUGCGGAUGUAAACCCGGUACUGCCUAUGCCGGAACUAGUUGCGUGGGUAACGAGGCUGGCGAACAUUGCUUGGUGAAAGUUGACACGUGCUAUCAGGAUGACAUGCAUUGCUCGGGUGGAACUUGUAACUGUAUGUAUGGCCAUGCUUACGACACAACGGAAAAGAAGUGCAUUGGAAAACAUAUUGACGAAUCGUGUGUCAGUUAUGGCGAUGGAACGGACUCAUGCACAGGCGAUUUUGUUUACUGCGAUGAAAAUACUUGGAAAUGCGCCUGUAAUGCCACCAAAACGAAAUAUGGAGAUGAGUGCGUGGGGGGCAACGUGGGUGACAACUGUGAUUACGAUUCUAACUCCUGCAAUGCGGAACACUCAAAAUGUAAUCCGGCAGGGAAGUGUACGUGUCCGGCAGGUUUCAUAGAGGAUGUGGUAGAAAAUCAAUGUGUGGGCAACGAUUUUUGUCACUUCUGUAAUGUUGAUGGCGACUGCUCAAGUUCCCAUGGGAUGAUGUGCAUACAGGGCAAGUGUGGCUGUGAAUCGGAUAAAUUCCGCACACGUACCGGAUGUUAUGGCAAUGCAUAUGGGGAUGAGUGUGACAGUGCUCAGAGUACAUGUGCGGGAUACGGGUUGGAAUGCAUUUACAUCGGCUUCAGCACAGUUGCUACAUGCCAAUGUGGGGCCGAAUUUGUAGAAAAUCUCUCAACGUGCUAUGGCAUACUUCUGAACGAGGAUUGCUAUGAUGAACAGACUGCAGAAGUACUAAACUCGGAAUGCUCGAACGGAACUUGGAAAUGUCAAUCAGCCUAUGCACCAAUUGAAAACGAUUUUUGCUCCGCUGGUGGAAUUGGUGAGGCAUGCGAACCCAACUCACCUUUUUGCGUCGAUCCGCUGGCCGUUUGUAAGCCGGAUGCCGCUGGUGAAUUUGUAUGCACGUGCCCCGCAGGCGGAACAACGAUAGCAUGCUAUAGCAGGCUUGGUCAACCAUGCGAAGACAACCCAUGCGCCCCAGCUCAAAACUUAGUAUGCAGUAAUGAGCUUCCUGAACCGGAGGAUUUUUGUGACCCCGUUUGCGUUUGUGCAGAUGGCUUUGUUGGCAGCAACGGUCCUCUGUCCUGUUACUGGACACAGGCAAGUGGUGACGCCUCUUGUGUUGCGCAAAAAGCGGUUACUGAAGAAUGCGAUCCAAACAUGCCGGACAUAUGUUCACCAUCUGACACGACUAUGUGUGUUGGAGUAUGUAUAUGCAAAUCGUCAGCCAUGCUUGUUGGCGGCGAGUGUGUAGGGUCUAUGGUGGAAUAUGGUGAUCCAUGCGAAUGUGAAAAGGGAUGCAUGAUGGACGAAGAGCAAUGUGGCCAAGACAAUACAUGCGAGUGUAGCCCUGGCAACGAAUUUGGUGAUCCCCUAUGUGAUCCAGUUGCUCAGCUUAUGGAACCCUGCUCACCUGAUACUGCUGGAGAUUAUUCACGAUGUAUCGGAUUUUCGGACGCUCUUAGGAGAAGUUUUUGUAAUAAUGGGGUGUGUCAGUGUGACGAAGAUGCAGGCUGGGUAAUGCAAGCCAACCCAGGUGAAACCCCUUCUUGCGAAUGUCCUGAUGGAGCAACAUGCGUAGCUGCCCAAGAUCCGACACCGCCGUAAAGGGUCGAUUUGGCACGACACUUUUAAAUAAUCGUGUUGAGUUGUGACGCCGUUAUGAACCUACAAUCAAAGAAAUAGUUCUGACAUUUAUAUAUAUUUAAGAGUCGUCAGUGAAAACGUGUUUUAACAUAGCAUGCGACGAUGACCUGUUAGUUUCCAAGCCUCCUAACAUUUCUGCUCGAUAGCAUCCUUCGGUAAAACACGUACUUACGUCAUAGAGUGAAACCUGUUCUAUAUCAAAUAUAUAUAGAUAUAUAUAAAACAUACAUGGACAUAAAAAAAUAUACAAGAACUUUCAGAAGAUAUAUGGAGAAAAGUGCAUGAACAACACAUAAACUUUUUGUUUGAAAUCAUAGUUUGGGUUAAAUACAUUGUAAAUAUUACAGCGGGUAGUUCUUAUUUUAGACUGGUAUUUAUUAUACUUUGUUUUGAUCUAUAGCCCAUGAACACUUCUAAAGUUGCCAUUUUAUGUUUUAACCAUUAAGUUUAACGUCAAAAAUUCGUUUUUUUUCGGUAGCAGAUAGAACUCUCUCUCUCUUUCGGCAACUUUAAAAGUGAUUGGUAAUCGUUUAUUUGAAUAAAACUAUUUAAUCGAA